AUGCUUCCGAAGAAGCCCUGUUUCUACUUUCAACGCGAGGGAAGAUGUCGGUUUGGGGAUUCCUGUAAAUUUGUUCAUGGGCGUGCACCAGACAAUGUCGCACAACAAACGCCGUUUCGUCGCGAAAAUGCCAAUUCUUUCUCAAGUGGACGCCAAAACCACGACGUGACUUUAGAAUCUGUAGUCCGUGCACCGCCUUUCUCGCUAACGGCUUUUAAAGCCCAAUUAACGGAGAAACUGGCAUCCAGUACGUUCUUUUCAGGUCAUUCCGAUACGUUGGUGUGCUUCUGGCCCGGUGCCAAUCGGUUGGAAGUGCUAUGGAAAGGGUUCCUGAUGCCUCAUAGCACCAGUGAUCCGUGGCCCGUGAACAGUCAAACACAGGCACUGAACUUCAUCAACUCUGGACUACUGAAGGUCGAGGGUCUGCUCGUGAUUCAAGAACUGCUCAAUCUCACGUACUCGAACGAUGCUGGUCGAGGUCGUGAGGUCGUGUCUUUUCAGCGAGGACUCGUUCCGUUCGUAACCGUGUUAACGAUGCGACGCAUGGAAAUGGUCAGUCGGCACAUGAGUGAAGCCAAUCACGUGUAUGCGUUCAUGCGAACGGCUCAUGUGCAGCUCUUCCAGCUGUAUCUCAAGCAUCUAGAGCAGGUAGUGGAGCGACAUAGUAUUGACGACAAUGCGAUGUCGCAUGAGACUUUCCUGCAGGAGUCGGACGGUCAAAGAUACGCACCACUGUGUUUCACACAAGUAUGUCUCCCGCUUAUCCGUUUAUUGUAUCUGUUGGGCAGCAAGUUCAACGACUUCAUUUAUGAAGAUGCUUUUCAAGAGACUGUCAAGAGCGUCGAUACUCUGACAACUACGUGGAAAGAGAAUAGUCAAGGUGGCGAUUCUACCCUCGACUCGAGGCUCUGCUAUAAAGUAAUGACAGAGGAAAUCGCUCGACUACACAAGAUGAUCCGACGUGGUGAACGUGACAUGCGCACGGGUGCGACGCGUAUGGAGACCGAGCGAAAGAAUUAUGGCCCGGGGCUCGGACCUUGGGACGUGGUCGAUGUCGGCGUGCCUGAGGAAGCUGUGCUGGCAGACGGAAGUGUCGGUCCACGUCACGACAACGAUCAUCAAGAUAUUCAAGACAUUCAAUUGCUACCUACGACAGAGGAAUGCCUGUCACGUGAGAGGCCACUGCUGCCUGGAAACUUUUCAUUUCACGAGAAUGCUCAUUGGUUGCCUCCUGGACCAGAACGAUGGAUCGAUACGCACUUUCGACUGUAUCGAGAAGAUUUUUGCGGGACGAUCAGGUCCAGCUUACAGGACUUGUAUCAUCGACUGGUUGAGAAUCAUGAACACAUUGUUGCUGGUCGUCUGAGAGGCACUGUUGUGGAUUACAACAUAUACCCGAUCAUCGGGUCUGCAAUGCCACUCAAGCACACGGACAGUCGAGGCGAGCGAGAUAAUGGUCGUCGCACCGAGCGCCAUGGGCUCUGUAUUGAAGUGCAGUUCCAGCAACCAUCCGCCGCAAGGUUGACUGGACGGAACAAACUUUUAAGGAAUGCUGACGGUGAUGCAGGGGGCCGAAGGGAGUUAUGGGAGAAGACGGGUCGACUUCCAUACAAAGGGAUGGUUGCGCUCGUCACACAUACUGCCGGUGACAUGCGAGUGAUCUUUUGCCAGAUUGUCGAGCAUGACAUCGAAAAACUCGUGAAGGAUGUGGCGGAGGUAACUUUGCAGCCAUUUGAAAUUCAAGACUUCUCGACGCUCGAGCAAUGGCGGCAUUUUGCAUUGGCUGGAAAUGAUCGAAGGCAAGGUCGGUUGAAUAUGCUGCUGUUGGAGUUCAAUAACAUUUUCUUGGCCGCGUACGAGCCUGUUCUUCGUACGUUGCAAAGCAUCCGACCCACCACCUUGCCACUUCUGGAAUACCUGGCCCCUGAGACCCCACCGACGCCGGGCGAAACUCAAAUGGAGUCUCCCAUGUACUGCUCGAAGGAUGGCUUUACAUUUGACCUCAGCUCGGUGUUACGAACUCAUCCGGGUGCAAUGAACGGUGGCCCGGAUCAACUUCGUCUACGACCCCUUGAACGCCAGUCCCGCGAGGCGUGUGAGACGGCGCUCGUUCGCUACUCAACAUUAGAGCGUGAUCAGGCGAAAGCAUUGGUAGAAGCGUUGAGCAGCCGUGUAGCGUGCAUUCAAGGACUUCCAGGUAGUGGCAAGUCGUUUAUUGGGGCGAUGCUCACACGGAUAAUUCUGGAGGCGAAGAUCUUGCCCAUUCUAGUCGUGUGCUAUACAAACCACGCCCUCGAUCAGUUCUUGUGUCACCUCCUGGACGCUGGUAUCACGAAGCUUGUGCGAAUUGGGGGACAGUGCAAAGAGCCCCGCCUGGAAGACUACAAUCUCAAGAAGAUGCCUAAAGAAUUCCAGCGCUACGAGCUGAAGCUACUAUACACUACACUCGACGAAAAUGCGGAUGCGAUUGCUCUGAAGCUAAAACUACUGAACGAGGGCACUCCGUCGCCCGACGUGGACAUCACUCAGACAGUUUUUGGAAACCAACUAUCCAGACGCAUUCGAUUACUUUGUUGA